CCCAUUCUACACGGUGUCGCUUCCAUCGCCAUUCCCUUCCCCUCAUUCUCAGUGACAUCCCUUCAUCAUAUACCCACAAAAAACAUAAAACACAUCCCCUGGAUACACUUUCUCCAAAGUCUUGUCGCCAUUGCCAACCUGCAGGCGCUGGAGCUGUUGGACAUAUCACCCACAUACCCUUUCCACGCCUCAGGCUGUGACUUUCUCGCCAUUGCCAUUUGAUCUCUUCCGCCCUGCCCGUUACUUUACGUGUACACAGACAAUCCUUCGCCAUGUCUUACGUUGAUCAGCCCACUUCGCCUGGCAGUCUCUCUGGAAGGAGACUGACCAACAGAAACACCAACAGGUACAGUGUUACAGCUCUUUUCAGCAUGGCCGCCGAGCAGGAUGUAGAGGUUGAGGAUGAUCUAGCGCGAGCACAGAAACGACUUCGAGAUCUCAAAGGGAAGAUUUCCGCUCAGUCGAAGAAGAAUUUUGUUUUAGAACGUGACGUUCGUUAUCUCGAUUCCCGCAUUGCGCUACUCAUUCAGAAUCGCAUGGCUGCGGACGAGCAACGUGAAGUCGAAAGAACACUAGAGGAAGUGGAUCCAACAGAAGGCCACUACCCCGAUGACCGAAAGCUGCAGCAAUACUCUAAUCUUUUCUUCUUACUGCAGUCUGAGCCUAAACAUAUCGCCUCUCUUUGCCGGCUCGUCAGCUUAUCCGAGAUCGACACCCUCCUUCAAACCGUCAUGUUCACACUAUAUGGAAACCAAUACGAAAGUCGGGAGGAGCAUUUGUUGCUGACUAUGUUCCAGUCUGUGCUUUCUGCUCAGUUUGACACAGCUACAGAGUUUGGCUCACUGCUGCGGGCAAACACUCCCGUUUCGCGAAUGAUGACCACAUAUACUCGCCGAGGCCCCGGACAAAGCUACCUCAAAGGUGUCCUCGCUGAGCGUAUCAACAGCCUGAUUGAGCAUAAAGACCUAAAUCUCGAAAUAAAUCCUGUCAAGGUUUACGAACAAAUGAUUAACCAAAUAGAAGAAGAAACGGGAACUUUGCCGCCAAACCUGCCUCGAGGAGUGCCUCCUGAAGUUGCUUCUGACAACGCAGAUGUUCAGGCUAUAAUAGCUCCAAGGUUGACUAUGCUCAUGGAAAUUGCGAACAGCUUUUUGGUCACCAUCAUAGAAAGUAUGGAAAGCGUUCCUUACGGAAUUCGAUGGAUAUGUAAACAAAUUCGUAGCCUUACUAGGAGAAAAUACCCGGAAGCUACCGAUUAUGCUAUUUGCUCUCUCAUUGGCGGUUUCUUCUUCCUUCGUUUCAUCAAUCCGGCUAUUGUGACUCCGCAAGCAUAUAUGCUGGUUGAAGGCGUACCCGCCAAACACCCCCGACGUACACUGACCUUGAUAGCGAAGAUGCUCCAGAAUCUGGCAAACAAGCCAUCAUACGCUAAAGAAGCUUAUAUGAUGACUCUAAAUCCGUUUGUCGAGAACAACAAAGCACGAAUUAACCAGUUCUUGAAUAAUCUUUGCGAAGUCGGUGAUUUCUACGAUACACUUGAGAUGGACCAAUACAUGGCUCUAUCAAAGAAGGACCUUAUGAUACAUAUUACCAUGAACGAGUUGUAUAACACGCAUUCCUUAAUACUGCAGCACAUUGAAAGCCUGUCUCCCAACGACAAAUUCCACCUACGUAUUCUUACCGAUGAGCUCGGUCCUUCGCCUUCACAGGUACCUCGCAAGGAAAAUCGGACUAUAGAGCUUAAUCUAUACAGUCGAUGGGAGACGUCUGUGCAUGAUGCCCAGAGUGCGCUCAUGGAUUCGGUUUCUCCGGCCGACAUGCUCUACAUGGAAACCAAAUCUAUUCUGGUACAGCUGAUUCGUUCCAUCCCCCACGCUACUGAGAAACGCCCCUACAAUCUGGCUGCAAUCGCCGAGCGAGCUGCCACGACGAAGGACGCCACUCUUGUGCGGAAAGGCAUCAAAGUCAAGGAAAUGCUUCGCGAACUAGAAGAGCAGAAGAUAAUUGAACAAGGGGAUGGCUACAAACUAAUGCAAGACGAGGUCUCGGCUGAGCUCGUUCAUUUGGGCAAUUUGCGAGAGAAGAUACUUUUAGAAACAAAGUCUCUCGAAGCGGUCUAUAAAACCAUCUGCGACCACAACAACUACCUUCGCUCUCAGCUAGAGCAAUAUAAAGCCUACCUACAAAAUGUUCGUCUAACAGCGUCUAAAGACAAAGGUACCACCAUUGGAGUCGGUGUGGUCACAGUAGGGGGCAAAGAAAGAAAGCCGACGAAGACUGUCAUCCUUGGCCCAUACCGAUUCACUCAUGCUCAGCUUGAGAAGGAGGGUAUUAUAGUGGAGAGUAAUGUUCCAGAUAAUCGACGACCUAAUAUAUAUUUCAACAUUACUUCUCCUACUCCAGGCACAUUCAUCAUUUCGCUGCAUUAUAAGGGUCGUGAAAAGGCCAUUCUUGAGAUGGAUCUCAAAAUUGAUGAUUUGUUGGAGAAAAAAAGACAACAAACAUCUUCUCGACUUGGAAUAUGUACAGUUGAAUGUUCCCAAGGUCUUGGCGCUGUUGAAGAAAGUUUUUGCGAAGCGGUAAUGGUAUUCGUUUCGUCAGUCUAUUUAUCCUUAAGACGAAGUUCAUCUUCUGUUCUACCUAUUGUGAUACCUUUUCGGCCUUUUUAGUUUCUUAUAUAUCCUUGUCAUACAGCCUCUCCCUGUGUGGCUUUGUUUUCUAUGCCAUUGGAUGUAUUUUUUAUGUAGUUAUGUCUGUCUCUGGAUACGUGUUGUUUUGACUAUGCCCCAAA